AUGGUGAAAAAUCAGCGACCACAGUGGUGCAAACUUGGGAGCGGAGGACGAAAUGGUACUUCAGUCACGGUGACGGAUUCGUGGGAUUUACCAGGGAUCCACUAUUAUUGUUUCAUUAUGGUAGUAGUUGUUACUCAUGUUUUAGAGGUUCUUGCUACGAUUUUAACUUUGUGGUUAGCAGACAAAUCUGGUCGCCGGCUUUUACUUAUUGUUUCUUCAUCUGCAAUGGCUUUGAGUCUUUUGCUUGUUUCAAUAUCAUUCUACUUGAAGGAAUAUAUAUCACCAGAUUCUAAUUUAUAUGCGACAUUGAGCCUCGUAUCGGUGGCUGGAGUUGUGGUCAUGGUUAUUGCAUUCUCUCUGGGAUUAGGAGCAAUGCCAUGGAUUAUAAUGUCUGAGAUUCUUCCGAUUAACAUCAAAGGCCUAGCUGGAAGUUUUGCAACACUUGCCAAUUGGUUCUUUUCCUGGUUGGUUACAUUAACAGCAAAUUUGCUCUUGGAUUGGAGUUCAGGAGGAACCUUCACAAUAUAUACUGCAGUGUGUGUUUUCACAGCAGGAUUUGUUGCCAUUUGGGUCCCCGAGACAAAGGGAAAAACUCUUGAAGAAAUACAACAGUUUAAGGAAUUUGGACAUGUUGAGUUUGCAACUGCAGAGAAAGUCAAAAGUUUGGUAGUUUUUGUUAUUUGA